CUUCCUCCGUCCAAAGCGAUAAAUAUAAGUAAAGUAGUAAAGCGGCAGAAAACCACCAAUCCCCUGCCCCACAAUUUCUUUUCAGCUUUAUUUCCCUGACGUAACAUCCAACAACACUCCCGCAUCACGAAUUCCUCCUCACCAACAAAAACCUCGCGCCUAUAACCCCCCCAACUCAUCAAGAUGAUCGAUCACCAUAUCUUUGAGGACCUCCAGGCCAAGAUCGACGACGAGGCCGCCGUUCGCGAUGAACUUCAUGACAUUGUUCAGACUUUGGCUAGAAAGGGUCGCUCAACUCAAGCUAUUCUCUCCCGGGCUCAUUCUACUCCCACUGAUCAGUUGAAACCCGUCCUCGACGACGCAACCAAAGAGAUCAUCGCACAACGAGAUGAAGUCUCCCGACUGAAGACCGUGGCUGAUAAGCACCCGUUUUACAAGUAUAAUGGGCUGUGGACGCGUGAGUUGCAGAACUUGGUCUCAUCGAUUGAGCUCUGCGCCUGGCUAGGCGGACUUGAAGAGUACAAAACCAACAGCUCGGCCUCGUUUCUGACUAUUGAGGAGGUUGGGAAGUUCUUGGGUGUGCCUGUUAAUCUCAAGGAACAAGAUGCUUUCCAUCUCACGAUCGAGGAGUAUUUGCUUGCGUUGAUUUCGAUGGUUGAGGAGCUGGCCCGUCUUGCUGUUAACUCGGUCACUCUGGGUGAUUAUACUCGGCCGGUGCAGAUUGGAAACUUCAUCAAGGAUCUGUUUGCUGGGUUCCAGUUGUUGAAUCUGAAGAAUGAUAUUCUGCGGAAGAGAAGCGAUGGGAUUAAGUACAGUGUCAAAAAGGUGGAGGAUGUCGUGUAUGAUCUGUCUCUGCGCAAUUUGAUCCCCAAGGGUAGCGCUGCGGCGUAAGACAGAAAAAACGAAGAGGUGGAUGAUGCAGUAAAUAAGCAUGACUUAAUAUGAUAUGACGACAGUCUAUAACAUGACAGUCGAACAAAUUCCGAAC